CCCCACUCGCUCCCACGGCAGCCCGUUUCCGUCCACCGGAAGUGCCGGCCUUUCCCCACUCGCUCCCCAACCCCUCCUCCCCUCCUCUCCUGACCCUGACCUCCUCUUCUUCGUCGUCGUCUUUGGCUUCCUCCAGGACUGAGUCCCACACGCUUCCCAUUCCGCUCGUCCCCUUUUCGCGUGAACGCGCCGGCGCCGCGGAUCCUGCCGCUCAAGAAUGGAGGCGUGGCCGGACGAUUUCCUAUGCCCCAUCACGCUGGAGGUCAUGACGGACCCCGUCAUCCUCCCCUCCGGCCACACCUUCGAGCGCCGCAGCAUCCAGCGCUGGCUCGACGGGGGGCACCUCACCUGCCCCGUCACCAACCUCCCGCUGCCGCCCUGCCCGCCGCUCAUCCCCAACCACGCGCUGCGCCGCCUCAUAGCCGCCGUCUCGCCUUCCGCGGCGGCGGCGGCUCCCGUCCCUGCGGAUGGAGGGGCGCAAGCGAGGCAAGAAGCGGCGGCGGUGCCAGCUCGGUCCGCGUCGCCCGUACCGGCGCUGCUGAGGCUGGCCAAGUCCGGCGCCGCCGGGCGGAGGGAGGUGCUGGAGUCCGGCAACGCGGCGGUGCUGCUGCGUCACGCGGAGGCCGGGGACGAGGCGGCGGCCAGGGCGCUCCUGCACCUCAGCCUGGACGGCGACGACACCCGCGUCGGGCUCGUGGCGGACGGCGCCGUGGACGCGCUCUCCGCCGCGGUGUCCCGCGGCGGCCCGGCGGCGGCGUCCGCGGCCACGGCGCUCACCAGCCUGGCCACCGUGGACGUCAACAAGUGCACCAUCGGGGCGCACCCGUCCGCCAUCCCGGCGCUGGCGGGGCUCCUCCGCCGCGGAGGCCCGCGGGAGCGCCGCGAGGCUGCCACGGCGCUCUUCGAGCUCUGCAAGCUGCCGGAGAACCGCCGCCGCGCGGUGCGCGAGGGCGCCGCGCCCGCGCUCGCCGACUUCGCCGCCGACGGCUCCGCGCGCGCCGUCGAGGUGCUCGGCCUCCUCGCCAGGUGCCGGGAGGGCCGCCAGGAGCUGUGCAGGAUCCCCGGCAUCGUCUCCGUGCUCACGGGCGUCGCCAAGAGCGGCAACGCCCGUGCAAUCGAGCAGGCCCUGCUCGUCCUCAACUGGAUUUGUUCCGAGAGCAACGAACUGGCAUUGGAGGCAAUCAAGCUGCAAGCUUUCGACCUCUGCGAGGCUCUGGUGAACGAUGACAACUGCAAGAUCGCCAAGAACGCGGUCGAAUUGGUCCGGACGCUCGAGAAACAAUAGAAUUGGAUUGGAUUGUGCUAUCCAAAGAUGAAAUUUGCCAUGGGUUUUGAUUCUGCACCUGCUCGAUUGAUUGGGUGUUGGCCUCAUUGUACAGAGGUAGCAACAGCAAAGGUGAACCUUUAUCUUAUUACUCUGUUUCAUUUCCCUUUUCUUUCCAAGUUGUAGCUGCGCCAAAAGAGAGACAAAAAAAAAACAGUAGAAUUUAGCUUAUGUUCAUAUCUUUAGAACCAAAAAAAGAGAGGAGUAUGGUUGCUGAACUUGUCAGUUAGAACUGCUUCCGUGUUUCAGAGAGUCACCAGAUCAUCCAGUCUGAGAUUUUGUUCACAAUGAUUCAUCUGAUGAUCUAGUGAAAGUGACCAAAUGCUCUGAAAGUCUGAAGUGGCUCAAUCAAGUAGGAUUGCUAGUCUUUUUCUUCCUUCCUUUGCUGUGCUCUAUAGUUUUACAUGAUUACAUGAGGAGAAUUGGAUUGUGUGUUGUAGCCUAUCAUCUCCUUGUGAUCGACUUAUGAUAAAGAAUGAAAUGAAAUUCACCAGAA